UCAGGGAUGCCGGGAACUCGCCUCGUGACAUGUCUGCCGGUAUAAAUACGGCGAGCCGAUGUCCCGUGAUGCAGUACUGGUGUAUGAGAGGAAAAUGUAUCGUCUCGGCCAACAGACUAGCUUCAAGAUCGCCUUCGAUUUCUUUUUAUCCACUGUGCCACGGGAACAUUUUCACUUUACUAGACAAUACAAUAAAAGCCGGUCGUGUAUUGGCUGAUUUUUGAUCAAGUAUUACUUUAAUCUGCACGAAAAUGCCGAGGACCAAGAAGAAGAAUAGCAGGAAGGGCCAGCAUGGAGCUGUGCAGCCUUUCAGCGAUGAAGACGCCUCCAUCGAGACCCUCAGUCACUGCAGCAGCUUCAGUGACGCCGCCAGUGUGGCAGACGAAGGCGCAGAGGCCAGCGAGGACACGGCCCAGGAGGACUUCCAGUAUAAGCUGAAGGGGUUCAUAGACAGCACUGUGGAUAAGAGUGCGAAGACCAGACAGGGCGCUUUGGACGGGCUCAAGACGGCCAUGGCCACCCGGAUCCUGUACGAGUUCAUCUCAGAGAGGAGGAUGACCAUCACAGACAGCAUCGAGCGCUGCCUCAAGAAAGGUACCCCCACUCGGAAACGGCUGCGUAACUUCAGAGGUCUCACAGCUGAAUUCUCACAGCUCAUUCCCACCCGCGCAGGCAAAGGAGAGGAGCAGCGAGCGGCCGCCUCUCUGGCCUGCCUGCUGUGCAUCCAGUUGGGCUCAGGAAUCGAGAGCGAGGAGGUGUUUAAGACUCUGAAGCCCGUCUUUAAAAACAUCCUGGCGGACGGAUCGGCCAACAUACAAGCCCGGCAGGCGGUGGCCACGAGUCUGGGGCUGUGCACGCUUGUUGCAGAGGAUGACAUUUUGGACGUGCAGGCCACCAUGGAGUGCUUUGAGAGCCUGUUCACGCGCUCGUACGCGCGGGCGGACGGGACCUGCCCCUCCACCAGCCCGCAGGCCAGCCAGCUCCACACCAACGCGCUUCUGUCCUGGGCCCUGCUGCUGACCAUCUGCUCGGCCAGCCAGCUCAGAGCCGUCGUGCAGAAACACCUGUCCAAACUGCCGCGGCUGCUGGAGAGCGAUGAUGUAAACAUGAGGAUCGCGGCGGGGGAAACCAUCGCCCUGCUCUUUGAGCUGGCCCGCGACAUCGAGCCCGAAUUUGAAUUCGAGGAUUGGGACGAGCUCUGCGACAAGCUGAACGCUUUGGCCACCGACUGCAACAAGCACCGCGCCAAGACGGAUAAGAGGAAGCAGCGCUCGGUGUUCCGGGACGUGCUGAAGGCCGAGGGCGGAUUCCAGCCGGAGACGAUCCGCUUCGGGACAGAGCGGAUGACCAUCGACAGCUGGGUCAGGAAGAGGACGUACGACGCCUUCCGAGAGUUUGUGGGCUCAGGGAUGAAUUACCACCUGCAGGUCGGUUUCCCUCUCCUGCUUUCAAUCGGACAGGGUUUUUCUUUGUCUCCAUAUGUGACCGACCUGUCCCCCGUCCAGGCAAACGAGUUCAUCAGGGAUGUGUUUGAGCUGGGACCACCUAUGUUGGUUGAUUCAGCCACAAUGAAGGCCAUGAAGAUUUCUCGCUUUGAAAGGCAUCUCCAUAACUCGGCGGCGUUCAAGGCCCGGACCAAGGCCAGGAGCAAGUUCAGAGACAAGAGGGUGGACGUGGGAGAGUUCUAAUAUAUAUUUAUUAUUUCAUUUUUGUUUCUUUUAUCGGGCCAUUUCUCAGGCCUCCCUGAUUUUGUAGGUAGUUUGUCCUCGUGCUCGUCCAGCAGAGAUGUGUACUAAACACCCACUUCCUGUAGACCUGUAACCGUACGUGUAGGGAUGUGUAUUCUUCUUACAGAUGAAAAAGACAGUAGAGGUCCAAAGAUAACCGUGUGGUUUGUUUUAUCGGAGGGGAUAUCCAUUAUGUCAUUUUUUUCUUCCCCAGAAAAAUUUAAUUUAUUAACAAUUUCCAUAAUUUGUCUUGUUACAUGUAUUUUAGCUUUGAUUCCCAUUGUGACCGACCUUUGGAGUUUAUAUUAAGUUAGACUAACUUAGUGGAUUAUUUAUGUAAAUCUGAAUAUUGUGUUUAGUGGCUGUAUGUAUAUACAAUGUCUAUGACAGCAAUGGUGAUGGAAUAAACACUGGAAAAGGAAACAUUUCUCAUUCUCC